UAAGGAAAUGCACUUGCAGCCAUUUUCUGCUCUUUGUGUUACAGGGAUUACCGUACAGCAGGCAUUGUGGCUAGACUAGAGCAUCACUCGGGCAAGUCUAAAAUAAAUAAUAAUAAAAUAAUAAUAAUAAUAAUUUAAAAUACCAACCAGGGAACAUAAGGAAGGCACUACAUUUCAACACCAUCCAUAUCGGGCAUGCAAAAAGCAGAUUAAGAGUGUUGCUAAGCUGUCACCAUGACUACCCAUGUGACCCUGGAAGAUGCCCUAUCGAACGUGGACCUGUUGGAGGAGCUGCCUCUUCCAGACCAGCAGCCAUGUAUCGAGCCCCCUCCCUCAUCCAUCAUGUACCAGGCUAACUUCGAUACCAACUUUGAAGACAGAAAUGCAUUUGUUACGGGGAUUGCCAGAUACAUUGAGCAGGCCACUGUUCACUCCAGCAUGAAUGAGAUGCUGGAGGAGGGUCACGAGUAUGCAGUUAUGCUGUACACGUGGAGAAGCUGUUCAAGAGCCAUUCCUCAGGUGAAGUGCAACGAACAGCCCAACCGUGUGGAGAUCUAUGAGAAGACAGUGGAAGUGCUGGAACCGGAGGUUAAUAAACUGAUGAAGUUCAUGUACUUCCAGCGCAAAGCCAUUGAGCGGUUCUGCAACGAGGUGAAGCGUCUGUGCCAUGCGGAGAGGAGGAAGGAUUUUGUGUCAGAGGCCUACCUCCUGACCCUGGGGAAGUUUAUUAACAUGUUUGCAGUGCUCGAUGAACUGAAGAACAUGAAGUGCAGCGUGAAGAACGACCACUCUGCUUAUAAGAGAGCGGCCCAAUUUUUAAGAAAGAUGGCUGACCCUCAGUCCAUUCAGGAAUCUCAAAAUCUCUCCAUGUUUCUGGCUAACCAUAACAGAAUAACACAGUGUCUUCACCAGCAGCUUGAGGUGAUUCCAGGCUAUGAAGAGCUGCUAGCUGACAUUGUGAAUAUCUGUGUGGAUUACUAUGAAAACAAGAUGUACCUGACGCCCAGCGAGAAACACAUGCUUCUGAAAGUCAUGGGGUUUGGACUAUACCUGAUGGAUGGCAACGUGAGCAAUAUUUACAAACUGGAUGCCAAAAAGAGGAUCAAUCUUGGUAAAAUUGACAAGUUUUUCAAGCAGUUACAGGUGGUCCCUCUGUUUGGUGACAUGCAGAUUGAGCUUGCCAGAUACAUUGAGACCAGCGCUCACUAUGAGGAGAACAAAUCCAAGUGGACCUGCACACAGAGCAGUGUCAGCCCUCAGUACAACCUCUGUGAGCAGAUGGUCCAGAUUCGGGACGAUCACAUCCGCUUCAUCUCUGAACUGGCCCGCUACAGCAACAGCGAGGUUGUGACUGGGUCAGGACUGGACAGUCAGAAAUCGGAUGAAGAAUACAGAGAACUCUUUGACCUGGCCCUUAGGGGGCUGCAGCUGCUUUCCAAAUGGAGUACCCAUGUCAUGGAGGUGUACUCAUGGAAAUUAGUGCACCCCACUGAUAAAUUCUGUAACAAAGACUGCCCUGGCACAGCAGAGGAGUACGAGAGAGCCACCCGAUACAACUACACCAGCGAGGAGAAGUUUGCUCUUGUGGAGGUGAUUGCCAUGAUAAAGGGGCUGCAGGUCCUCAUGGGGAGGAUGGAGAGUGUUUUCAACCAGGCCAUUCGGAACACCAUCUACUCUGCGCUUCAGGACUUCGCACAGGUGGCCCUGAGGGAGCCCCUGAGACAGGCUGUGAGAAAAAAGAAAAACGUCCUCAUAAGUGUUCUACAGGCAAUUAGAAAGACAAUCUGUGACUGGGAGGGUGCCAGGGAGCCCCCUAAUGAUCCCUGUUUGAGAGGAGAGAAGGACCCCAAAGGAGGCUUUGACAUUAAAGUACCCCGGCGUGCUGUUGGGCCUUCGAGCACACAGCUGUACAUGGUGAGGACCAUGCUGGAAUCUCUCAUUGCGGAUAAGAGUGGCUCCAAGAAGACCCUGAGAAGCAGCCUGGAUGGGCCCAUAGUCCAGGCUAUUGAAGAGUUCCACAAACACUCCUUUUUCUUCACCCAUCUGCUCAAUUUCAGCGAAGCCCUGCAGCAGUGCUGUGACCUCUCCCAGCUCUGGUUCCGAGAGUUCUUCUUGGAGCUGACGAUGGGGCGUAGAAUCCAGUUCCCAAUCGAGAUGUCCAUGCCUUGGAUUCUGACAGACCACAUUCUUGAGACCAAAGAGCCUUCAAUGAUGGAGUAUGUUCUGUAUCCCUUGGAUCUUUACAAUGACAGUGGAUACUACGCUUUGACAAAAUUUAAAAAGCAGUUUCUUUAUGACGAAAUUGAAGCUGAGCCACAAACACAGGCUUUCUUGUUUUACAGUGUUCUCCUUGAUAAACGAUUCAGAGCUGAAUGCAAGAACUACGGAGUGAUCAUUCCCUAUCCACCAUCCAACCGAUACGAGACACUACUAAAACAGAGACACGUACAGCUUCUGGGCCGCUCUAUUGAUCUGAACAGAUUAAUUACACAGAGAAUAUCGGCUGCAGUGUACAAGUCCCUAGACCAGGCCAUCAGCCGCUUUGAGAGUGAAGACCUGACCUCCAUUGUGGAACUGGAGUGGCUGAUGGAAAUCAAUCGCCUGACUCACCGCCUGCUCUCGAAGCACAUGACCCUGGACAGCUUUGAUGCCAUGUUCAGGGAGGCCAAUCACAACGUCUCGGCUCCCUACGGGCGCAUCACUCUCCACGUCUUCUGGGAGCUGAACUUUGACUUCCUGCCCAACUACUGCUACAACGGCUCCACCAACAGGUUUGUGCGAACAGCAAUUCCCUUCACUCAAGAACCACAAAGAGACAAACCCGCCAAUGUGCAGCCAUACUACCUGUAUGGGUCUAAGCCCUUGAACAUUGCUUACUCCCACAUCUACAGCUCCUAUCGGAACUUUGUGGGUCCUCCUCACUUUAAGACUAUCUGCCGUCUUCUGGGGUAUCAAGGGAUUGCGGUGGUGAUGGAAGAGCUGCUGAAGAUUGUCAAGAGCCUGCUGCAGGGAACAAUCCUUCAGUAUGUGAAAACGCUGAUAGAAGUGAUGCCCAAAAUCUGUCGCCUUCCAAGACAUGAAUAUGGAUCUCCAGGUAUUCUGGAGUUUUUCCAUCACCAACUCAAAGACAUCAUAGAGUACGCAGAGCUGAAAACCGAUGUGUUCCAAAGUCUUCGAGAAGUGGGGAACGCCAUCCUGUUCUGUCUCCUCAUCGAGCAAGCUUUGUCCCAGGAAGAAGUUUGUGAUUUACUUCACGCAGCACCAUUUCAAAACAUCCUGCCCAGAGUCUACAUAAAAGAGGGAGAGCGUUUAGAAGUGCGGAUGAAAAGACUAGAGGCAAAGUAUGCACCACUUCAUCUGGUUCCCCUGAUUGAGAGGCUCGGGACCCCUCAGCAAAUCGCCAUUGCUAGGGAAGGGGACCUGCUGACCAAGGAGCGCCUCUGCUGUGGGCUCUCGAUGUUCGAGGUGAUCCUGACCCGAAUCCGCAGUUACCUGCAGGAUGCAGUGUGGAGAGGGCCUCCUCCCACCAACGGAGUGAUGCAUGUGGAUGAGUGUGUGGAGUUCCAUCGGCUCUGGAGCGCAAUGCAGUUUGUCUACUGCAUCCCAGUGGGUACCAACGAGUUUACUGCUGAGCAGUGUUUUGGGGACGGGUUGAACUGGGCUGGCUGUUCCAUUAUUGUCUUGCUGGGACAGCAGCGUCGCUUUGACCUCUUUGAUUUCUGCUACCACCUUCUGAAAGUCCAGAGGCAGGAUGGCAAAGAUGAGAUAAUCAAGAAUGUGCCCCUGAAGAAAAUGGCUGACAGGAUCCGAAAGUACCAGAUUUUAAACAACGAGAUCUUUGCCAUCUUAAACAAGUACAUGAAGGCAGUGGAAACAGACAGUUCAACCGUGGAGCAUGUGCGCUGCUUCCAACCCCCUAUACACCAAUCCCUGGCCACCACCUGUUGAAAACGACACACGACUGGCCUGUGAGAUAGCAACCUGUCCGCCUGGCCUCUUGCAAGCUGGUAUUAAGAGUGUUGUACAUGCCCUGUACAUGCUGUUCAAAAUGAACAACCUGUUUGCCUUGUGUGAUAGACUGAGAACUUUCAACUGACCAUAGCAUGCUCCUUAUGAAUUGUUUCAAAAGUUUAAGUGCACCAUGUAAAUGUGCACCGUGGUAUAUAAAACGAUACCUCACUAGUGUUUACAAGCGGUUUAUCACCGAUACGGUCUCUGAAGAGAUCAAGUAUUUCUCUUUAAUCCUAGAAUCCUGUUUAGCAACUUGAGGCAUCAGAUUUCUUUCUUAAUAUGAAUAUCUAAACAAUAAGAAAUGCUAUUGUACUGUAUAUAAUAAGGCGUGUAGCAAGUUACGGAAAAUAAUACAUUGUGCAGUUACAAUCCUCAGUCCCCAAAUGUAAGAAUCCCUGUAGAAUUAAAGGUAAACAAUAAGACAGUAAUGGGGAAGAGGUUUUGGCCAUGUUACCCAUGAUAUAAAUACAUAACUCUUGUAAAUACGGUAGAGACAGUGCCAGUCAGGCCAGUCAGCUCUAUGGUAUCAAUUGAAAUCCUGUUUGAAGUUUUUGACAGGCUGUUUUAAUAGGAGUUGAUGUCAUCUCACUUCAGGUAACAUACACUGCUUUUAAGCUGUAUCCACACUGGACAUGAGCGAAUCAUUUAGAAGUCACUGCAGUGAAAUGGGAGUAUCCACACCCGCGAGCGAUGCGAGUGACGUCGCUUUGAGAAAAUUCUGCGUUGCUAAAAUAUAUAUUUUUUGUCGCAUGACUGGAAUGAAACUGGCCAAUCAGAAACAAGGUUAACACCCUUGACACACGUCAAACACACGCCUCAAAACAAGUUAAUCAUGGACGACGAAAAGUUCAUUUAUGAGGUGUAGCAGUAUCCAUUAUUAUAUGAUUGAAAACUGAAUGACUACAAAGACAUCCAGAAGAAAGGCAAUGCCUGGGUGGCU